AUGGCCUCAUGGAUGUACCGCAGCGCCAUCUACCUCCUUACCUGCGUCAUCUUCCUCUUUCGCCUCAUCUGCCACCACCAGAGGCUCUGGCUCGAGGACUUCGCCGGCUCGCUCCUCGAGGAGGUCGAGGAAGGCUGCGCCGGCGUGGAUACCGUGCUCAGAGAGCACCUCGACAUCCGCAAGCAGCUCAAGGUCAUUGGCCAUCGCUUCCGCAAGCAGCUCGACAUCCCCGGCGGCGGCUCCACGCGCGCGCGCGGCGUAGCGGAGGACGUGGCGGAGCUCGUCGCAGGAGACGAAGCCGUUCUGGUCCUGGUCGAAGACGCGUAA